AUGGGCACCGGCAACGACGAAAAGGCCAUGAUUUCGGUGCAGCCUCUGGCCACCGAGCAGCCAAGCUGGCAGUCUGCUCCGGCCGCAACGACACCGCAGCGAGAUGCCCCGAGACGAUCAGCGCGACAGCCAGGAGUUGCGGGCUACCUACGCCACCUCUUCUCUCGCGAGGCCUGGCUCGGCGACUACGACUUUGGCACGCUCUGCAUGCCCCGGCUCAGGCCAUGGGCGAGGAACGGCGGCAGCGGUGCGUCGAGCGCGGCGCCCUUUUACGGCGUCCACGACGACCUGCCCAUCACCCUCGCCGCCAUCUGCGGAUUCCAGCAUGCGCUGGCCAUGCUCGGCGGUCUCAUCACCCCGCCCAUCCUCAUCGCCUCGGCGGCCAACCUGCCGUCGGAGCAGCAGAGCUACCUGAUCUCGGCAUCGCUCAUCACCUCGGGCAUCCUCAGCGCCAUCCAGAUGAGCGCCAUCCCCCUGCCCUUUGGACGUCAACUCGGAACGGGCUUGCUCUCCGUCGUCGGCACCAGCUUCGCCACGCUCAGCACGGCCACUUCAAUCAUCGACAAUCUGUACAAGGACGGCACCUGCCCCGUCGUCGACGGUGUCCGACAGGCCUGUCCGGAGGCGUACGGCUACAUCCUCGGCACCUCGGCCGUCUGCUCGCUCCUCGAAAUCUUCCUCGCGCUGCUUCCUCCGCGGGUGCUGCGCAGGAUGUUCCCGCCAGUCAUCACCGGCGUCGUCGUCAUGCUGAUCGGCAUCAAUCUGAUUGGCGACUCGGCGCUGCCCAGCUUUGGCGGCGGGUCGGCGUGCCAGAGCACCGACUCGCCCUGCCCGCUGCCUCGGUCGUACCUCUGGGGCGAUGCCCAUUACCUCGGCCUCGCCUUUUUCAGCUUCAUAACCAUCAUCAUCGUCGAGAUCUUUGGCUCGCCGGCGAUGCGCAACGCGUCCAUCAUCCUCGGCCUGCUCUUGCCGCUGGCCGUCGCCGGUCCGCUCGGGUACAUGUCGGGGGCGGACAUCAAGUCGGCCAAGGCCAUCACCUUCCUCUGGGUCGAAACGUUCCCACUCAAGGUCUAUGGCCCCGCGGUGCUGCCCCUGCUGGCCGUCUACGUCGCGCUGAUGAUGGAGGCCAUCGGAGACAUAACGGCGACGAGCGAGGUGUCCAAGGUCGAGGUCGAGGGCCCCAACUACGACCGGCGCAUCAGCGGAGGCGUGCUGGCCGACGGCAUCGGCGGCCUGCUUAGCGCGCUCCUGACCAUCACGCCGCUGUCGGUGUUUGCGCAGAACAACGGCGUGAUUGCCAUCACGCGCUGCGCCAACGUCCGGGCAGGCCGCUGGACGAGCUUCUGGCUGAUCCUCUUUGGCAUCAUUGGGAAACUCGCGGGCUGCGUGCUCGAGAUCCCGGCGCCGGUGCUCGGGGGCGUGCUCCUCUUCCUCUUUUCCAGCAUCCUCGUCAGCGGCCUGCGGGUGGUGGCCAUGGUCAAGUUUACGCGGCGGGUGCGGUUCGUCCUGGCGACGUCGUUUUCGCUGGGCAUGACGGGGAUGAUGGCCGACGGGCUGUGGGAGCGCCUGUUUACCUAUGGCGGCGACAACAAGGCGCUGCGGGGCUUCCUGGACUCGAUUGUCAUUGUGCUGUCGACGCCGUUCCUGCUGGCGGCGAUUGCGGGCAUCGUGGCCAACCUGAUCCUGCCCCGCGAUCCCGAAGACGACGACGUGGACCGGGAGUCGUACAGGGACGAGGAGGACAAGGUGCUGCGGGCGUAG